AUGGCGGCGCCGGGGCCGCACAUGCGGCUCAAGGACUGGCUCGUGGCGCAGAUCGACAGCGGCCGCUACCCGGGGCUGCGCUGGGAGAACCGCGCGCGGACGCUGUUCCGCAUCCCCUGGAAGCACGCGGCCAAGCAGGACUACCGGCAGCAGCAGGACGCGGCGCUCUUCAGGGCCUGGGCCAUCUACAAGGGCAAGUACCACGAGGGCACGGACAAGGCCGACCCGUCCACCUGGAAGACGCGGCUGCGCUGCGCCCUCAACAAGAGCACCGACUUCCAGGAGGUGCCGGAGCGGAGCCAGCUGGACAUCUCCGAGCCCUACAAGGUCUAUCAGAUCGUGUCCGACGGGACCCGCGACGCAGACAAGGAUGGCUGCACUGGGUCACCGGGCAGCAGGGAGCAGCAGCUGAACCGGCCCUYGCCCCCCGGGCCCUCUGGUAUUAGCUGCCGGCCAGACAAGGGCAGCGCCGCGGGGAGCCCGGACACAGAGAGCAUCAAGGGCGAGAUGGAGACUGCGUCRCCGCUGCCCCUGUCCCCUGCCCACCCUGCAGACCCGGGGUACCUCGUGCGGGGCCUUUUCUGUGGCUGGAACCCRGCCCCCGGCCCCCUGCUCCUGGGACCCCCGUCCUACAGCCCCACCGAGGACAUCAACCACUCAGACUGCUGGCUCCACGUGCGCCUCUACUACUGCGACGUGCUGGUGAAGGAGCAGACGACGCGCACGGCCGAGGGCUGCCGCAUCGCGGCGCGCGCCGUGCCGGCUGACAGUGAGCGCCUCUACGGCCCCUCCUGCAUGGAGCAGAUCCAGUUCCCGGCGCCGCGGGCGCUGGGCGCCAACAGCCGCGUGGCCGGCAUGAGCGGCGUGCUGGAGCGGCUGCUGCCGCACCUGGAGCGCGGCGUCCUGCUCUGGGUGGCCCCGGAGGGCGUCUUCAUGAAGCGCCAGUGCCAGGGCCGCGUCUACUGGAACGGGCCGCUGGCCCCGCACGCCAACUGGCCCAACAAGCUGGAGCGCGAGAAGACCUACAAGCUGCUGGACACGCAGCAGUUCCUGCAGCAGCUGCGCGGCUUCCUGAGCCACGGGCAGCCCCCGCCGCGGUACCAGAUCAACCUGUGCUUCGGCGAGGAGUACCCGACCCGCGCCGGGCACCGCUUCCAGAAGCUCAUCAUGGCCCACGUGGAGCCCGUGUUUGCCCGGGAGCUGCUGCAUCACGCGCAGCGUGUGGGGCCGCAGCUGCUGCGCGAGGCYGCGCAGCCCUGCGCGCCCGGCGUCUCCCACCACGUCGUGCCCGUCCUGAGGCAGCUCUGCCAGCCCUGA